AUGACCAUGAUGAUAAUGAGAACGCUGGCAGUAGUCGCCAUGGUAGCCACUGCGUUGGCCGUGUCGGCGCGAGGCGAGCCGCCGGAGUGCGGCGCCAACGCCACCACGCCGCUCUGCCCCGACUGCCUCUGCUGCAGCAAAUGGGGCUUCUGCGGCUCCAGCCCCGCCUACUGCGGCGCCGGCUGCCAGAGCCAGUGCAACGGCUGCGACGCCAGCAGCGUGGCGUCCAUCGUCUCACCGUCGCUCUUCGAGGAGCUGCUGCCGCACCGCAACGACUACAACUGUCCCGCCAGGGGCUUCUUCACCUACGACGCCUUCAUCGCCGCGGCCGCUGCCGACGCGUCCGCCGGCUUCGGCACCACGGGCGACGUCGACACCCGGAAGCGCGAGGUGGCCGCGUGGCUGGCGCAGGAGUCGCACGACACCACGGGCGGGUGGGACGGCGCGCCCAACGGCACCUACGCCUGGGGCUUCUGCUACAAGCCGGCCGGUGUCGUCACCACCGACGCCGUCGUCUUCUUCGAGACGGCCAUCGGGUCCUGGAUGGCGCCGCGCGCGCGGCCGACCAGGCCGUCGUGCCACGGCGUCGUCACGGGACAGUGGAGCCCCUCGGCCGCCGACCUGGACGCGGGGCGGGUGCCGGGCUUCGGCGUCAUCACCAACAUCAUCGACGGCGACGAGUGCGGCCACGGCGUCCCCGACGACCGUAGUGAGAAUCGGAUCGGGUUCUACAAGCGCUUCUGUGACAUCCUUGGUGUCAGCUACGGCGACAACUUGACUGCUACAACCAGAAGCCCUUCGGCACGGCAACAACUACUGGCUCAGAUCACGCUGACGCGUAAUAAAUUACAUAAUUCAUUAAUUAAUUAA